UCCAGUCACUCUAUUUUCAAACUCAAAAAAAAUAAAUUUAGGGUUUAUAAUUUUUAUCUUUUGAAAAGGGGAAGAACAAAAUCAUGUCAUCAACGAGGAAGAUCACCCUGAAGAGUUCCGACGGGGAGACCUUUGAAAUCGACGAGGCAGUGGCAUUGGAAUCACAAACGAUCAAACUUUUAAUCGAGGAUGAUUGUGUCGACUAUAGUGGAAUCCCUCUUUCAAAUGUAACUAGCAACAUCUUGGCAAAGGUUAUUGAAUAUUGUAAAAAGCAUGUUGAAGUUGGGAGUUCUGAAGAAAAAUCCUUGAAGGAUGAUCUCAGGGCUUGGGAAAGUGAAUUUGUCAAGGUUGAUCAAGAUACACUCCUCGAUCUGAUCUCGGCUGCAAACUAUUUGAACAUCAAGAACUUGUUGGAUCUUACAUGUAAGACGGUAGGAGAGAUGAUGAAGAAAACAACACCAGAGGAGAUUCUCAAGACUUUCAGUAGUGCGAAUGAUUAUAGUCCUAAGGAAGAAGAUGAUGUUAAGUGGGGAAAUCAAUGGGCUUUAUAACGAUUGUAAAAUAAAUCAGUC